AUGCAGGAGAACUAUGAGACGGUGACCUCAUUGGGAUUUCCCAUUCCCAAACCUGAGCUGAUCGCCCGGCUGCAACGAGGGGAAGAGCCGUGGGUCCCGGAUCUCCAGGCCUCUGAGAAAAAGGAGGUCAUGCGAGUCACCCACACAGGUGAUGAGACCCUGAGUGAGAACAAGGAGGUGAAUUGGCAGGUGGAACCAGAGAGGGCCUUUUUGAGAGGAGCUGAAGGGAAUUUUUCCCAAUGCUUGGAACAGGGAGAAGCCUGGGGAAAUCGGGAUGGGUCAGAGAGGCAGCUGGGAAACCAGCCAAGGAAGAAAGUGGAUGAAUCAAUUCAAGGUGGGGGAGGAUGCACAGAUCCCAAGGAAACCACCGCCCAGCAGACAAAUCCCAAGGAUGAGAAACCCUACAAAUGCCUCGACUGUGGGAAAAGCUUCAGUGUAAGAACGAACCUUAUUACGCAUUGGAAAAACCACACUGGAGAGAAGCCCUAUAAAUGCUUGGACUGCGGGAAAAGUUUCCGUCAGAGCUCACACCUUAUUACCCAUCAGAGACUGCACACAGGAGAAAGACCCUAUAAAUGCCUAGAGUGUGGGAAAAGUUUCAAUGUGAGAUCGGCCCUUAUUGCACAUCAGAGAACGCACACGGGAGAGAAACCCUAUAAGUGCCUGGACUGUGGGAAAAGCUUCAAUGUGAGAUCAGCCGUUAUUAGACAUCAGAGAAUCCACACGGGAGAGAAACCUUAUAAAUGCUUGGACUGUGGGAAAAGUUUCAGUCAGAGCUCCAGCCUCACUAAACAUCGGAGAACCCACACGGGUGAGCGACCCUAUAACUGCCUUGUGUGUGGGAAAAGUUUUAGCGACAGCUCGUCCCUUAUUAAACAUGGGAGAACCCACACGGGAGAGAGACCCUAUAAAUGCCUGGACUGUGAGAAAUGUUUCAAUCUGCGAUCAGCUCUUCUUGCACAUCAAAGAACCCACACGGGAGAGAAACCUCAUAAAUGCCUGGACUGUGGGAAAAGCUUCAGUCAGAGCUCAAACCUUGUUACACAUCAGAGAACCCACACGGGGGAUAAACCCUAUAAAUGCCUCCACUGUGGGAAACGGUUUAACGUCAGUUCAGCCGUUAUUACACAUCAGAGAAUCCACACGGGAGAGAAACCCUAUAAAUGCCUGGACUGUGGGAAAAGCUUCAGUCACAGCUCAAACCUCACUAAACAUCAGGGAAUUCAUGAGGGAGAGAGAACCUGUAAGUGGGACAUGUUUCAAUAGGAAGUCAACCCUUAAUACUCAUCAGGAGACCCCAGCAUGGGAGAGAGACCCCAGAAGUGUCUCUGUUGAGGGAAAAGUUCCAUUCAGAGAUCAGCCCUUGUUACGCAUCAGACAAUCCACAAAAUAGAGAAACCCCAUAAAUGCUUGGACUGUGGGAAAAGCUUCAAUAACAGCUCAGGCCUUACUUAAUACUGGAGAACCCACAUGAGAGAGAAAAACCUUGAAUGUGGGGCAAGCUUCCCUUAGUAUCUGGCAACAGCAAAUCCACGCAGGGAAGAAACUGCUGAGAUGUCGUUAGCAAGGAAAAUGCUCCAAGUGGAGCCAACACCAUGUCAGACAUCAGAGACUCCUCCGCACGUGGGAGAAAUUCUUUCAGGGCCCUGACUAGGGCUGGCCAUGGUGACAAACCCAUUUCCUCGUUCCCACACACAUCAGGGGCAUUUGGCUCCCAAGAAUCCAGCAGCCCAUCUCUGCGGUGAGGAUCCAGCAGCAGCUGAGCAUCAGUUGGUCAGAGACCCUCUGGCUCUGCCUGGUCUAAGCAAACCCCAGGCAGAGGAGGAGAAGCCCCCAUCAGCCCCUCCUCUCUGCUGCUGAGCUGAUGGGCCACAGGUGGAGGAAGGGAAAGAGAGAAACUCCUCCAGCCACUCCCUCUGCCUGGCUGAAGUUCCCCCCUCUCCCUUCCCCUCCCAGCCGGGAUCCCCCUGCCAUGCAGACGAGGAGAAGGACCCUUGGGCCAGGCCCCACCUUCACUCUACACACCUGUCCCCACCCCCCAUCUUCCCAGCCCCUGGGCUGGGCUCCCCCACUUACCUGGAGCUGUUCCCUGCAGGGGGAGUGUCCCUGGGGGCUGGUAACUCCUCCCCUCCCCACAUCCCCCAGGGCGCUGGGCUCUGGGGGAUCAAACGUUAAGGGACCAGCCCGAUGGGUUGUGGGGAGGAAACUGGGAAUUGAAUGGCUGGGGCUGAGGGAGCUUGGAAGCAGGGGGAGCUGGGUGCUGGGGCUAUCGAGUGUUUGGGGCUCAUGGGAUAAGAGGCGAGGGAGAGCACAGGGGCAGAGAAGUGCUGCCUCAUCACUCAUCCCCUCUCCCUAUCUCCCUGCCCCCUCUGCAUUCAGACGGCACCACUGAGUGGGACUGAUUCCCACAGGGCCUUUUGUGGGAGGCCUGGUGAUCCCACCUCUGCCUCCGCAGCAUCAGCCUCUGAGCGUCCGUCUGUGGUCGGGAUCAGCCAGCUCGUCUCCUCUGACCCUCCCCCGCUCAUCCUACCCUAGACUGAGCCUGAGCAUCUAAUUCAUUCUGAUCCUCACCAUUAGCAGAGUGACUGUUAGUCAUGGAGUUCCUCCUUUGGGCGUAGAUUCUCUCACUCCCAGCUAUUCUCACCUCGAUCCAGGCCAUGCCGGCAAGCAUUUCUUUUUGUACAUUUUCUCUCUUACAGACGAGAAUUAAAUGGAUUCUAGAA